AUGGAUUCACCCGAGAAACUGGAUAAGAACAGCUUAGUGGGCAUCAACAAAAACCGGCUUGGUGUGUGUGGCUGGAUUCUGUUUUUCCUUUCCUUGCUACUAAUGCUCAUCACCUUCCCCAUCUCCAUAUGGAUGUGCUUGAAGAUCAUUAAGGAGUACGAGCGUGCUGUUGUCUUCCGACUGGGACGCAUCCAAGCUGACAAAGCCAAGGGACCAGGUUUGAUCCUGGUCCUGCCCUGCAUUGACGUGUUUGUCAAAGUAGAUCUGCGAACAGUCACUUGCAACAUUCCUCCACAAGAGAUCCUCACCAGAGAUUCUGUGACCACCCAAGUGGACGGAGUUGUCUAUUACAGAAUCUACAGCGCUGUCUCAGCGGUGGCCAACGUGAAUGAUGUCCACCAAGCCACAUUUUUGCUGGCGCAAACCACUCUGAGAAACGUCUUAGGGACACAGACCUUGUCCCAGAUCUUAUCUGGGCGAGAAGAGAUCGCCCACAGCAUCCAGACCUUGCUUGAUGAUGCCACUGAGCUCUGGGGGAUCCGCGUGGCCAGGGUGGAAAUCAAAGAUGUCCGGAUUCCUGUGCAGCUGCAGAGGUCCAUGGCAGCCGAGGCUGAGGCCACCCGGGAAGCCAGAGCCAAGGUCCUUGCGGCUGAGGGAGAAAUGAACGCAUCUAAGUCCCUGAAGUCGGCUUCCAUGGUACUGGCCGAGUCCCCCAUUGCCCUCCAGCUGCGGUACCUACAGACCUUGACCACCGUAGCCACUGAGAAGAAUUCCACCAUCGUGUUCCCCUUGCCCAUGAACAUGCUCGAGGGCAUUGGCGGCAUCAGCUAUGACAAAAAGAAGGUCGACAAUAAGAAGGCCUGAGCUCUCCCAAGUGACUGCCUAUUGCUUAGAGAGGCCUUUCUGUGCCAUGAGAGGUCAGCCAUUAGAAAAGACAGAGGCCAGCACCAUGCCGCUACAGUAACGCCACAGCUAGCAGGCUUUCCGGGGGGAAACAUGGCAGCUACACAGACAAAAACAAAGCUGAGAGCUGCACAGUACAUUUCUUUCUAAGGCAUAACUAAUAUUUAAUAUUCUUACGCGAUUAGUUAGUAGUUGUCCCUGACAACCAGCAGGGCCUUUCUCUCAGAUGGGGUGGAGACUGUGGGAGACUUUGGCAAAAACUUCAGAUUUAAGCUGUGUUGGAGAAGGACCCUAGGUCAUUUGUAAAGGAAAGCAGGGCCUGCAUUUUUGCUAUGUAUGCGAUUUACUGUUAUUCCAAGAAAUUGACUUGCUGUAGCUCAAGUAGACAUAAGGAAAUCCUUCAAGAUUGAAAAUUAGGCUCAGUUUGGAUGGGGAGCUGCGACGUAGCAGCAAAAGCACAGGGCAUAGGUGCCAGCUGAGGUCCCGCUCUCCGAACACCCUGCAGGUCCUGUUAGGGUCUGGGCCAUUCUCAUCAUCAUGCGCAUUUAUUGGCAUCAGAGGAGCAGCGAGGCAGAAAAGCACAGGGUAAUUUUCGUACUAGCCAGAACAUCUGUAACCACUGGGGAUGUCAUUCCGUGAGUCGCAUGU